UAAUACAGGGCGACAGAAGCUGAGAGCACAGUCUGAGAAAGAGAGAAAAGACAAAUCACGGAGAUACUGUAUUAAUAAUCCUUAUUUCUGGAAUUACAGACACUUUUGUUGUUUCUUAUCACUUUGGAUAUAUGCAUUAUGUCCUGCAGCUUUUUGGAUUAAUUUGUUUUCUGCUUGAAUCUUCAUUCGUGGUCUUCUGCAAAAUGUCGGACAGAACAAUGGCGCGGCAAGUACUGCUGUUUAUUUGGUUUCUCUGCUUCAGUUCGUCUUUCGGGCAGGUCAGUUACUCCAUUCCUGAGGAAAUGGCGAAAGGCUCUUUAGUCGGGAACAUAGCGCAGGAUUUGGGUUUAGAUUUAAAAAGACUGAAAUCGGGUAAAGCUCGUAUUUAUACAGGAGACAGCGCUGAAUAUAUCGAGCUGAAUAAAGAAAGAGCAGUCCUCCUUAUCAAAGAGAGAAUAGACCGAGAGGCCUUAUGCGGACAGACAACGCCUUGUGCGCUACAUUUUCAGAUUAUUCUCGAAAAUCCCCUGGAAUUUUAUUCGAUCACAGUAGAGAUUACAGAUAUCAAUGAUAAUGCGCCAGCCUUUAAAAAAAGCGAAAUGAAGUUUGACAUAAAUGAAAUGGCAAAAACAGGGGUUCGUUUUGUUCUAGAGAGAGCGAAUGAUCUAGAUGUUGGCCGUAACGGUCUUCAAGAUUACAUUCUUAGUCCGAACGAUUUUUUUACUUUAAAACUGCAUAAUCAACCUGAUGGUGGAAAAGCUGUCGAGAUGAUAUUGCAGAAGCCACUAGAUAGAGAGAAGCAAGACCAUAUCACACUCUUACUGACAGCAAAGGAUGGGGGAGAGCCUCAUUUGGCAGGAACAAUGCAGAUACAAAUAACAGUUUUAGAUGCCAACGAUAAUGAACCCGUUUGCAGUCAGGAAGCAUAUAGAGCCAGUAUAGCCGAGAAUGCACCUACGGGCACUGUUUUAACCACAGUCAGUGCGUCAGAUGCAGAUCUGGGCUCUAAUGGCGUAAUAACAUUUUCCAUUUCUUCUGAUGGUGCAGAUGAUUUGUUUAAGGUAGACGAAAACACAGGAGUCGUUACAUUAAUUGGUAAAGUGGAUUAUGAAAAAAACAAAGUUUAUCAAAUUGAUGUCCAAGCAAAAGACCAAGGUGGACAUUCGGAUUCUUGUAAAGUCAUUCUUGACGUCACAGACGUUAACGAUAACACGCCUGCAAUAAGCAUAAUGUCGAGAACGAAUAGUGUAUCUGAAGAUUCUAAACAUGGAACUGUUGUUGCGAUAUUGACCGUCCAAGACCUUGACACCGGUGACAAUGGAAAGAUCACAUGCACAAUAGAUAACAACCUUCCUUAUAUGCUAAAAUCAACAGGAAAUAAUUUCUUCAGUUUAGUCACAGAUGUCGAUUUAGACCGAGAGCGCGAAUCUGAGUAUAACAUCAGUGUGACGUGCGCUGAUGAGGGCGUGCCCUCUCUCUCCAGCAGCGUCACUCUCUCCUUACAGAUAUCAGAUGUUAAUGAUAACGCGCCUGUCUUUGACAAGAGCUCAUAUGAGGCCUCUGUUCAAGAAAACAACACACCGGGUCUUUCCAUAUUCACAGUCAGAGCCAGAGACGCAGAUUUUAACCAGAAUGCCCGUGUGUCUUACAUACUGGAGGACUCGUCGGUUAACGGAGUGCCCGUCUCCUCCUUAGUGUCCGUUAGUGCUGAUAGUGGAGUCAUACAUGCAGUGCGAUCUUUCGAUUACGAGCAGAUCAAAGAUUUCCAGUUCCGCGUAAAAGCGCAGGAUGGAGGCUCUCCUCCUCUCAGCAGCAACGUGAGCGUGAAAAUAACGAUUCAGGACCAGAAUGACAACGCGCCUCAGGUUCUGUAUCCGGUCCAGUCAGGUGCUUCUGUGGUGGCUGAAAUAGUGCCUCGUUCGGCAGAUGUGGGUUAUCUGGUGACUAAAGUGGUGGCUGUUGAUGUGGACUCUGGACAGAAUGCCUGGCUCUCAUAUAAACUGCAGAAAGCCACAGACAGGGCGCUGUUUGAAGUGGGCUUACAGAAUGGAGAAAUAAGAACUGUACGCCAAGUGACAGAUAAAGAUGCUGUCAAACAAAGACUCACUGUUGUAGUGGAGGACAACGGGCAGCCCUCUCGAUCAGCUACAGUCAAUGUUAACGUGGCGGUGGCGGACAGCUUCCCUGAAGUGCUCUCGGAGUUCACUGACUUUACGCACGACAAGGACUACAACGACAAUCUGACUUUCUAUCUGGUCUUGGCCUUGGCUGUAGUUUCCUUUCUUUUUAUCGUGUCUAUCAUUGCCAUACUGUCAGUCAAAUGCUACAGAUGGAGACGCGAGCGGAUGUUUUACAAAUCUGGAGCGAAUCUUCCAGUUAUUCCGUAUUAUCCGCCUCUUUACGCAGACGUAGGGGGCACAGGAACUUUACAGCACGUGUACAAUUAUGAGGUUUGCAGAACCACUGACUCCAGAAAGAGUGAUCUGAAAUACGGCAGACCUUGCAGUGAGAGCAUCAUUAGUCUGGACACCAGCGGUACACAGACACUCACGCAUGCGCAAAGAGGAAAACUGAUCAAUGAGGAAUUUGAAAAUCAGGUGAGAAUUUUAAUUUAUAGUUUUGUAGCAGCUUACAACAUUAUUUGUCUAUUUGUCUUUUAUGAUUGACUGCAAAAGCAUUAAAACCGUUCAUACAUGUAUCUUAAAUGUUUUCAAUUUUACACACAAUAACAGGCAAGUUGCUACUCACCUACUUAGCCUGUUAUUUCCAUUAUGGCAUCUCGUCUGUAGUUUGUCCUUUAUAUAAC